AUGAACAUCAUAGAAUGGGCCUUCGGCAAGCGAAUGACACCCCAGGAAAAGCUGCGGAAGCACCAAAGAGCUCUUGAGAAGACUAUGCGCGAGCUAGAUCGCGAGAAGCGCAAACUCGAGGACCAGCAGAACAAGUUGCAGCGUAGCAUCAAACAGCACGCCGAGAAGGGCCAGCUCAAUGCAGCCAAAGUACAGGCCAAAGAUCUGGCUCGAACGAGGAAAUAUAUAGACAGGUUCAACCAGACUACUGUGCAGCUGAAAGCUAUAUCACUGCGCAUUCAGAUGAUGCAGUCGAUGAAGGGCGCAACUAAGAUCAUAGGAGGCAUGAACCGGUCUAUGAAUUUGCCUGCACUGUCGAAGAUUGCUCAAGACUUUGAGCGAGAGAAUGAUAUCAUGGAACAGCGUCAAGAAAUGAUGGAGGAUGCUGUGGACGACGCACUUGGUGAUCCUGCUGAAGAGGAGGAAAGCGAAGAGACGAUCAACCAGAUUCUUGACGAGCUGGGUGUAGAAUUUAACUCGAAGCUUGGCGAAACACCCAGCGGUAUACAGUCUGCUGCUGUUCCAGAAGGCCGUGUAGCACAGGCUAUAGGAGGCGGCGACGAUGCUCUAGAAGCACGACUUGCCAGCUUGAGAAAAUGA